UAGUAUCGCCAUUUGGCUUACCAUAGUCACAUACACAUACACGCAUACAGUACAACAACAUAGAGAGACAGUGACGUUGUAACUAGGACAGACACAAAUAAAACGUGCCAGUGUAGCAGCUACUGAACUGAUAUCUGAAGUGUGACUGUGUCAUUUAUUAGGACCCAAUCAUUACAAUGGCGACGAGAUGGCGAGGGUAGUGUUCACAGACCCUCUAGAUUCAAACCCACUGCUAGUUUGGAGUUGGACUGGAUGUUAUUGUGAACAGUUUUAGCUACAUUGACAGACUUUUCGCAUGCAACGAGUGUAUCGUCUGCACGCAGUGCUCCUACAUGAUGUCGUGCAGUGAACGUGAGUGUGCAGUAUCAGCCUAUGCAUUAUACAUGAUUACCGCUGUUCUGUGAACUUGUGCCUAGUAUCAUUAGCCAUGAAUCUGCCUCAAUUCGAACGCUUUCCAGUUCAUGAGGAUCCCACCAAUGUUGGUGUCAGGUGGGAAAAGUACAUGAAGCGGAUGGAGAAUUUCUUCACUGCCUUCCAGAUCACAGAUGAUGCUCAGAAGAGAGCAUUGUUGUUACACUAUGCUGGUCCAGAGGUUUCGGAUAUCUUUGAUACACUCCCAGGGACAGGUACAGAUUUUAAAGGUGCUAAAGAUGCACUUGACAAGCAUUUCUCUCCAGCUCUUAACGUCGAGUAUGAACGCUUUGUUUUUCGCCAAUGUAAACAAUCAACAGAUGAAACCGUUGAACAAUACCAUCUCAGACUUCAACAACUCUCUGCAACUUGUAAGUUUGCAAACACCAGUAGUGAAGUCAAGUCCCAAAUCAUCAUGGGGUGUACGUCAAGUAAACUCCGCAGAUACGCCCUGCGGGAGGAGGUAACCUUGCAGAAACUCCUCAUGUCGGCGAAAACUUUCGAACAAGCAGAUCGACAUGCCACUGCUAUAGAAGCUAAUUCUCAAGAUGCAGUCCAAGCUGUGAAAUAUCAACCAGCACCUGCUCCAGCUACAAAUACAAACCGUUUUCAACAAUCUCGCAAUCGUUCAUCUAGAUCCUCCACUAAGUGUCGCAACUGUGGUGGGGCAUUUCCUCACAAGCAGGACAAACCAUGCCCGGCAAAAGGUAAACAGUGCCAUUCGUGCGGGAAAAUGAACCAUUUCGCCAAAUAUUGCCGAUCUAAACCUUGUACCCCGCAAAAGACGAUCCAAGCUUCUACACAUACUUCGGCACAGUCUACGGUAGACGACACCACUCAUGACCCUGAUGGCGACGCUUAUGCCUUUCAAUUUAACAUCAACUCGAAAAAGGGCAAUAAACCAAUGGUGAUGGUUAGUGUUGAUGAUAAUGAGCCCCUUUCAGCACUGAUUGACACUGGUUCCUCGGUGAUGAUGAUGAGCAAUGAAACAUUCAGUCGUCUUAGGUCCAAGCCUCAUCUCGUCACACCUUCCAUCCCAGUGUAUGCUUAUGGUAGCUCUACUCCUCUUGAUGUGAUUGGGACCUUCCAUGCAACUGUCAGAUACAAGUCAAAAUCGACGAAAGCUAAAGUCUUUGUUACCUCUCACAAUGGAGACACGCUUUUAGACAUCACCACAGCCACAGACCUAGACCUCAUUGCUCUCACGUAUAACUUGCAACCAGAGCAGACAUAUGCAGACCGUUUCAGUGGGAUUGGUAAGCUAGCUAACUACAAGUGUCACCUUCAUGUCGACAGGUCGGUGCAGCCUGUUGCUGUUCCGCACCGACGGAUCCCGUUUCACCUUCGAAAACAGGUGGAGAGCGAACUUGACAAACUGCAGAAACUUGAUGUCAUAGAACCAGUUUCCCACACACCUACACCUUGGGUCUCUCCGAUUACUGUUGUUCAAAAGCGAAAUCGUGAAGACAUACGCAUUUGCGUCGACAUGCGCAAUGUCAAUAAGGCUGUCAUCCGUGAGCGCCACGUAAUGCCAACAGUGGAUGACCUCAUCUCCGCUCUGAAUGGUGCCACAACCUUCAGUAAGAUGGAUCUCAAUUCAGGCUACCAUCAGCUAGAACUAGAUGAAGACUCUCGCCAAUACACCGUCUUCUCAACUCAUGCAGGCCUUUAUAGAUAUAAACGUCUUAAUUUUGGAGUCUCCUCAGCGUCAGAGAUUUUCCAGCAUGCAAUCCAAGCAACGCUUCACGACCUACCUGGUGUCCUAAAUAUCAGCGAUGAUAUUCUUGUGUUUGGCACCAACAAGGCUGAACAUAAUGCUCGUUUGGAAGCAGUCCUCAAGCGCCUCCGUGAAGUGAACUUAACACUCAAUCAGAGCAAGUGUGUUUUCAACACUGACCAUGUGGAAUACUUUGGCCAUGUCUUUUCAGCCAAAGGUAUCAGUCCUGAUCCCAAGAAGGUCGAAGCCAUCCAGUCUAUGCCUGCACCUCAGAACGUCUCUGAAGUACGCAGCUUCUUGGGUAUGGUAAACUAUUGUGCCCGAUUCAUCCCAGGCCUUGCCUCCGUUUCUGCGCCUCUUCGCCACCUAACAAAGGCCGACUCUGAGUGGGAAUGGGGCACCUCACAAGCAGACGCCUUCGCUCAGAUCAAACAGCGUGUUUCACAGUCCUGUACUAUGGCAUACUUCAAUCCAGCAAGCAAGACUGAACUCAUUGUUGAUGCAAGCCCCCACGGCCUUGGUGCGCUCUUAGUUCAACAUGACGAUCAUGACAACACUGUUCCUGUCGCUCUUGCUAGCAGGGCUCUUACAGAGGUUGAACAACGUUACUCCCAAACUGAACGCGAAGCCCUUGCUAUCACAUGGGCCAUUAUCCAUUUCCAUGUGUACCUCUAUGGUGGUUCUUUCGUCGUGACUACAGAUCACAAGCCACUGGUCACGCUCUUCAAUAGCCCCACUGCCAAGCCACCACUUCGAUUAGAGCGAUGGAUUUUGAAGCUCCAGCCAUAUGAUUUCAACGUUCAGUACCGUCCAGGCAAGCAUAACCCUGCUGACUAUAUGUCACGUCAUCCGCUAUCUACGGAGAUGUCCUCUUCGGAUAAUGAGUGCCUAGCUGAAGCUCAUGUCAGUUUUGUAGCAGGUCACGCCGUUCCUAAGACAACGACCUUGUCUGACAUCACAGCUGCUACAAAACAGGAUCCUGUCCUCCAGGUUGCCAUUGACGCGUUGGUAAAUGACAACUGGAAAGAUGUUCUCGCACAUGCCACCGACACCAAAUCAGAACUCCAAAGCCUGUUCAAUGUUCGCGAUGAGCUCACUGUGUCAAAUGAGAGGGAUUUUCUUCUCCGUGGUAAUCGCAUCGUCAUCCCUCAAUCCCUUCGCCAGCAAAUAAUUGACAUAGCUCACGAAGGACACCAAGGGAUCACGAAAACAAAGAGUCUUCUUCGUGAGAAAGUUUGGUUUCCGUCCAUAGACCGAAUGACCGAGAAGACAGUCCGUGAUUGUCUAACCUGCCAAACAAACACAAUCGAACACUCGAAAGAGCCAUUGCUUAUGUCACCUUUGCCCAAGAAACCGUGGUCAGAGAUAAGCGUAGAUUUUGCCGAUCUUCCUACAGGAGAGCAUCUCCUAGUGGUCAUUGAUGACUAUUCGCGGUUCCCAGAAGUGAAAUUGUUUCCUCUACUUCCGCUAGACAAACGCGUGACACCUCGUUGGCCACAAGCAAACGGCGAAGUCGAACGGUUCAUGAAAACACUGAAGAAAGCGUAUCGUUCCGCAAUCGCAGAAAACAGAUCAUGGAAGCAGGAGCUCUAUAAGUUCUUACGCAAUUACCGAGCUACCCCUCAUUCCACAACUGGUGUUCCGCCAGCGACACUACUUUUUGGAAGAGCAGUUCGCACACGCCUUCCAGAGCAUGCUUCUUCAGAUCAUCAGCCUCUCGAUGGUUCCCUUCGCUCUCGUGAUCAUGCCAAGAAAGAGCGUAUGAAAACCUAUGCUGACAGCCGCGGCACAACUCGUAGCACGGAAAUCAAAGACGGUGACACCGUGCUUGUUCGACGCGAUGGUCUGGUUCCCAAACAUCAGUCCCCGUAUCUUCCUCAGCCAUACACAGUGAUCAGAAAGAGAGGAACCCGCAUCACUGCCCGUUGUGGUAACCAUUACAUCACGCGUAAUUCGUCACGUUUCAAGCGAUAUUGUGGACCUCUUCCUCGCUCUGCUCCUGAUGAUGAUGAAAUCGAUUUUGACAUCGCACUCGAUGCCCGUGAUGUACCACAACCACCACGUUUGAGCUCUAUUAAUUGCCACUUGAGCCAUCAAGGCAGCCUCUUUUUCAAGUGCUUCAUCAAUGGAUUUCUAAAUAACCAGAAGUCUAGGAAUUCAGGAACCAAAGGUUAA